UGUGUGGUAAGGUGUCAAUGGGGAGAGGCAAGAAGUCUUUCUUUGCGUCCCUGUUCGGGAGCAAGAAACAGGGCUCCGGCGGGAGGCAGGAGGCGGCGGCGGCGGGGAGGCCGCCGCAGAGGAACCACCCGGGGACGAGGGUGCGGCCGAGCGACGACGACAACUACUACGGCCAGUACUGGUACGCCGAGCGCGACAUCGACCGGAAGGCCUCUGAGUACAUCGAGAGGGUGCACCGGGGGAUGAUGGCCAGCGAACAAGACGGAUAG